GGGACGGGCGGGCCCCGCGCGGCCAUGGCCGCGUCCCCCGCCCGGCGGCGCCGCUGGGAGCGGGAGCAGGCCCGGCUGAGGGCCGGCGUGGUGGAGGAGGACACCGAGGAGUGGCAGAAGGACCCGCAGUUCUCCGGGCUGCACAGAGUGGGAGGUGUGGAUUUAUCCUACAUCAAGGGGGACGAGAGCCGUGCCUGCGCCUCCCUGGUCGUGCUCAGCUACCCGGCUCUCGAGGUGCUGUACCAGGAUUGCCGCAUGGUGCCCAUCACCGCCCCGUACGUGGCCGGCUUCUUGGCCUUCAGGGAGGUCCCUGUCCUGGUGGAAGCUGUGCAGAGGCUUCAGCAGGAGGAGCCCCAGCUCCAGCCUCAGGUGCUUCUGGUAGAUGGGAAUGGCCUGCUCCAUCCCAGAGGAUUUGGCACAGCCUGUCACCUCGGGGUCCUGACAGACCUGCCGUGCAUUGGCGUGGCCAAGAACCUCCUGCACGUGGAUGGCUUGGUUAGGGAUGAGCUGCACAAGGAGCAGGUUCGUUCCCUGCAGAGGUCAGGAGAGGCAUUCCCACUGACAGGCGCCUCGGGGAAGGUCCUGGGCAUGGUGCUGCGGAGCCACAGCAACAGCUCCAAGCCCCUGUACGUGUCCGUGGGCCACCGGGUGAGCCUGGGCACGGCCGUGCGCCUGGUCAGGGCCUGCUGCCGCUUCCGCGUCCCGGAGCCCAUCCGGCAGGCUGACAUCAGGUCCAGGGAGUACCUUCGGAAGCAGCCCUGUGCUCCAGUGGAGCCUGCCGGCCCAGAGAGGUGUGACCUGAGGAGGAACAGAAAUACCUGCAGGGAGCUGGUUUUGGCCGCCAGGUGUUGGGGAGGGUUAGAGUCCCCCUCUCUUACAUAAGCAAAAAGGAGGAUGAAUUGGAGGAUUAGUCUGUGCCAGAAGAAAGUGCAGAGCUUCUCUUCGCUGGGUUCUCUCCUGCACCAAGGCUGAGUCCUGGUGGAUGCAGGAGCCCAGUGCCACCCUGGGGGACAGCUGUGCCAGGCUGUGUCCCACAGGACAGCACCAGCCACUGCUGAGGGAGAAUCCAUGCAGUGAAUUUCUCAGGGUUCAUUUUCAAGUACUGUAAAAUCUUUGUGUAAGCAAAGGCUCACGUGUAAGUUUGCAACACCUCACUGGAGUCCUUGUGCAGCUGCAGGGGCUGAUUUACAGAGAUGCUGAGGCAUUGCCACUGCAGAGCCAGCCUGUGUCUCCCACCACACCUCUGUGGCACAGAGCCCUCCCUUCCCACUGCUUUUGGAGCAGCUUCCCCUUGUCCCUGCAGCCUGGGCUGUGCUGUGCCCCAUGCACGUCCCUGGGGAGCAGCAGCCCCACUGCCCAGCUCUUCUGGAGGAAGGAACAUCUCAGGGGAAAGGAUGGCAGGAACCAUCUCCCUCCCAGGAGCAUGGGGAGGUCAUUCCUGACACACAGAGUGCUCCAGGAUCCCAGGCUGGAGAUCUGGCCCAGCCCCAGCUCGACCUGAGGAGCAGAGCCCAGAGCCUCUGUGCCCAAAUCAUCCUCAGCCCUCAUCCAGCCUCUAAGACCAAAGCUUCUCCAAGGUGUGGGAUCCUGGCUGAGGUUGGCAGGUGAUUCCUGACUGUUCUGAAGAGCAGCAGGAGCAGAAGGUCCUCUGGGAGAUCCUGGUGUGGCUGUGUAAGAUUCCAGCCUGAAGAGGAAGAAGGAUGUUUUCCUGGAGGUGGGGAGGGGUGCUCAGGUCAGACUGCUGUGGGCUUUUUAACUUAAAUUUUGCAUACAUUUGUUGUACAACUUUUGUUCUUUUCUGUCUUGGAGCUGCUCUGGGUGGGGAGGACAAAGCCCAGCCUGUUGUGCCGCUGCUGUGUUGGGGUCUGAACCAGGGGGGGAAGGGAGGAAGUGACAAACCCUGCUCCCUUGGGGCCAUCUGGGCAGGUCUGGGGCUGGUCCUGGAAGUGCUGGGGACAGGCACUGGCAGAGCACUUCCCUGAAAAGCCUUUGCUGACAGGUUUGAGAAGGCAAAGCUGCAGCAGCUGCAGCUCCCAGCCCUACACAGGAGCCACCUCUCCCAGGAACCCUCAGAGCUGCUUCACACCAGGGUUUGCCCAUGGGUGGACAGAGCCUGCAAGGAAAAACCACAGUGGAAGCUGCUCCUUUGAUCCUGAGGGCUGCUGCCAGGCCAGGGCAAAGGGAGCACUGGGCUCAUGGCUGGCUGUGGCAGGGGACAGGGGACACAGGGACAGCUGUGUCCCCUCCCUGCACAGACACAGAACCUCCUCUGCCACGGCCUGUCCCGUCCUGAGGGAGCAGGGUGGGCACAGAGCCACAGCCAGCAGGGACCACUUCAUUCCUCAUUCCAGCCCCAAACAAACCAGUGACUUCUCUGGCCAUGGGGACAGUCUUCUGAAACCUGUCACAAAUUCAGGCACGAGUGACAGGGUGGGCAGGGGACAGCUCCUUGCUAGAGCUCAUGGGCAGAACGCCAGGGAAAUCCAUCUUUGUUUCUGAUUUGGCCUGUGCUGGGAGCUCACAGGGUCAUCCCUGGCUCCUUCCAAAUUCUGAGUAACAGCACACUCACUGCAGAUUCACCCCGCUGUGCUCAGCUGUGGGGAGCAGCUCCUCCAGGAUGGCCCUGCAGAACAGGGGAACCUUCAGUGUGUGGGACUGGCUUCUGCCCUGGUGAGUGUCUGCCUUUCAUCUCAUGUUGAAUGUCUGGUUUUAAUCCCUCAUCUAUCGGUCACUUUUUGUGUGCUUCUGGUUGGUAUUUGACAAUGGGAGAUUUGGGGUGGGCUGGUCAGGGGAGGCUCUGCAGCCACAGCUGUGAUUUGGGUGGAAGCUCAAGGAACUGAGCCCAGCUCAGACAGGAACAUGAGGCUGUGGUUGUUCAGGGUCUGUUCCUGGCUGCUCCUGCUGGGAUCUGGAUGUUUUGAUCCGUGGAGGGUCCGUGUGCUCAGCCUGUGAGGGAUCCAGGGCUGGGGACACUGCAGGGGACACUGCUGUCCUCAGCUGCCCUGAGCCCCCCCCAGCUGCCUCUGCCCUGGGAGUGAGGGAAAAUCAGGUGAAAAAAAAACCAUAAAAACCAGCUCUGCAUCACUGUCCUGGCUUCCCUCUGCGUGAGGCUCUGAACUCCUCUCCUUCCAAGCCCAGGUCAACUCAGCUGACUCUGGAUGGAGUCACCUGGGAGGCUUUGGGAGGGGAUGGUGCUGCAGUGUCCUGGCAGCCCUGCAGGGCCAGGGGCUCUGGCUGUGCCUUUGGGCUUUACCUGGGCCGUGAGAUGCUCUCUCAGCUGCCCAAACGCGGCAGUUUAGUCCUUCCUAAAGGAAGGGACUAAUCUCUGUGUUUGGUGUCUGCUUGUGGCUCUUUGGACACAAUAAGGGAUUAACUUGGUCUUUAUCUAAUUGGUUUAUAACCCUGGGAAGGGAAAAUCGCUUUGUAAUGCUUGAAACCUCUUAAGAGAAACUCAGAGAGUGGAGCUUGAGUGUCCUUCGAAAUAAACUCAUACAUGACUUGUCUUUUUUAA